AUGCAUCGUCAUCCAGAAGUUGAUCUUAAACGAUGGAUAAUUGAACAUGAUUAUGAACGAAAAACAAAAGAUUAUAUAAAAAUUAAACAUAUGCAACAAAUGAAAACAUCAAAAUUGACUAUAGAUCGUUUUGAUCUAUUUACAAUUAUUUUUGAUAUUUUAAUUUCAAUUCUUGGUAGUCUUGUUGUUAAUCGACUUAUACCAAUAUUAAAAGAAAAGUUUAUUAAAGCACAAUUAUGGGGACAUGAUUUAAAUAAACGAAAUUCAACAGAAAUAAAAGUUGCAGAAUCUCAAGGUGUUAUAGCGGCAGGCAUUUUUCUUAUAUUAAUGUUCAUUAUGAUUGCUAUUGUAUUUUCUGAACAUUUACAUCCAGAAAGCGUUUUUCCACAUAAUAAAUUUGUUGAAUAUUUAGCUGCUCUACUCUCUAUCUGUUGUAUGGUAUUACUUGGUUUUGCUGAUGAUGUACUUGAUUUACGUUGGAGUGUCAAAUUAUUAUUACCAUUAAUUGCAUCAUUACCACUUUUACUUGUUUAUUUUGCUAAUUAUCAUUCGACAACUAUUAUUUUACCUAAACCGGUACGACCAUAUUUAGGUCAACAAUGGAAUCUUGGUAUUCUAUAUUAUAUUUAUAUGAGUAUGGUAGCUGUAUUUUGUACGAAUGCAAUAAAUAUUCUAGCAGGUGUCAAUGGACUUGAAGUUGGUCAAUCUAUUGUUAUUGCAAUUUCAAUACUUAUUUUUAAUCUAGUUGAAUUGCAAGGAAUUUGUUGGGAAGAACAUCUUUUUUCACUUUAUUUUAUGAUCCCAUUUAUUGCUUGUACAUUACCAAUUUUAAUUAAAAACUGGUAUCCAGCAGAAAUCUUUGUUGGUGAUACACUUUGUUAUUUUUCUGGUAUGACAUUUGCUGUUGUUGGUAUAAUUGGUCAUUUUAGCAAGACAAUGUUACUUUUUUUUAUACCACAAAUUAUUAAUUUUCUUCUAUCUAUACCACAAUUAUUUCAUUUUAUUCCUUGUCCACGACAUCGUUUACCAAGAUUAAAUCCAGAAUUGAAUAAACUUAAUGCAUCUGAAGUUGAAUUUAAAAAAAGUGAUUUAAAAAAACUUGAAUAUCUCAAUAAUGAUGGUGAAUUAAUGAUUUCAACAAUAAAUUUUACUAUUAUAAAUACAGUUCUUUGUUGGUGUGGUCCAUUACAUGAAGAAAAACUUUCUCGAAUAUUAAUUCUUAUACAGAUUGUAUUUGGUACUUUAUUAACAUUUUUCAUUCGUUAUUAUUUGGUGAAAUUCUUCUACGAUUCAUAA